UUGUGUUUGGGGGAGACUCUGAAACGGAGACUCAGUCUGAGAUUAAAGAGCUGUAAGUGCUGCUUUAAGCUGGUUUCAGUCCUUAUAUGUCGGUCUAACUGACUGAUGAGGGUCUUUAAAUGUCUGUUAGAGCCUCAUUGAUGGAAACGCUGCUCAUCCUGCAGUGAUUUAGAGGAGGAGCUGCUGCAGUAAAGUCGGUUAGUGGUUCUGAUUCUGUCAGCUGGAACUCCGGAACGCAGUAACGCACAUCUGCACACUCCGCUGCGUUUUGUUAGUCCUGAUUUUUGUGAAUUCAGAUGACGUCAUUUUCCACGCUAAAACCCGCCAAUAUUCUAAAGCUUAUAACUUCAGAAGUUGAGCUCUCAGACGAAUGAAACCAGGUUCAAACUGUCCGGACUGAUCAGUGAAAAAUCUCAGCUCUUAUUUUGCUCCGUGGUCUGAGUGGACCGCGAGAAAGGAAACUGAUCAGAAAUGAAUGAUGUCCUGUUUCAGUACUUCUCCUGCACUUUCUUGCUUAGCUUAAAUUUGCUUCCGUAAACACAUCAGGACAUUCCACAACCAGGAAAGUUAAGCUGCUGAAACGGAUGAUUAUAUAAGAAUAUGGCAUCCGGCACCCUCCACAUGAACACAUCUCACAGACAAACACAGAAAUGCAGCAAGGGAAGAAAUCACUACUGCUUGGAGUGUGGAAAGAGGUUUACUGUACGGAGUGCUCUCAAAGUACACCAGCGAAUUCACACAGCAGAGAAACCAUAUCAUUGUUUAGAGUGUGGACAGAGUUUUAAUGUACAGAGUGCUCUCCAAAAACACCAGCGCAUUCACACAGGAGAGAAGCCGUAUCACUGCUCAGAGUGUGGGAAGAGGUUUACUCAAAAGAGUAAUCUCCAAAACCACCAACGCAUUCACACAGGAGAGAAGCCGUAUCACUGCUCAGAGUGUGGACAGAGUUUUAAUCGACAAAGUACUCUCCAGGAUCACCAGCGCAUCCACACAGGAGAGAAACCGUAUUACUGCUCAGAGUGUGGACAGAGUUUUACAGUACAGAGUGCGCUCAAAACACACCAGCGAAUUCACACAGGAGAGAAACCGUAUCACUGCUCAGAGUGUGGAAAGAGUUUUACUCAAAAGAGUAAUCUCCAAAACCACCAGCGUAUUCACACAGGAGAGAAACCGUAUCACUGCUCAGAGUGUGGAAAGAGUUUUACUGAACAGAGUAAUCUCCAAAAACACCAGCGCAUUCACACAGGAGAGAAACCGUAUCACUGCUCAGAGUGUGGACAGAGUUUUACUGGACAGAGUGCUCUCAAAACACACCGGCGCACUCACACAGGAGAGAAGCCGUAUCACUGCCCAGAGUGUGGACAGAGUUUUACAGUACAGAGUUCUCUCAAAACACACCAGCGCACUCACACAGGAGAGAAACCGUAUCACUGCUCAGACUGUGGACAGAGUUUCAGGCAUUCAAAGACUGUAAAGACACACAAGUGCACUAAGAGCUGUGGUGGAAAUCAGCAGUAAGGAGUGUAGCCUUAAUACAUUCUGGGUAUAAAAGUCUGCAGGAAAUGAUGAUUUGGUGAUUCUGUAUUUGGGGAAAAACACCUCUUGUUGUUUUACACUUGUUUUAAAAUGUAUGCAUAAAAUGAAAUGGAAUUUCCUGAGCUGAACACCAAGUCAAGCCUAAAGCAGUGGUACUGCAUAUUCUCCCCAAAAUGAGUUUUAUUUGUAUUAUAUGUGGAGAACGAUUGAGCCCCACAUUCAACUAUCAGAGGCUUUUUACUUUCUAAUUUAGUAGAUCUAAGCUAUUAUAGUGUUUCUGAUGCGAUGGUGGAUGCUUUCACACACAUUUGACUGUGUGCUUGGCUCUUUAUCCUUCUCUUUUUAUCUUUUAGCCUGCUGAUUUAUUUUCUUUUAGCUUCUGUUAAGCCUUUGCAUGUGAGGUAAUGUAUGUAUUUGUGAAGGUGUUAACCUGUUGAGAUUAUUUUUUAUGGUCUUGAAAAAAGUCCUAUUAAAUUUCAUGAUCUAUUCUUUUUUUGAAAAAAGAAUAGAUCAUGUCACGCUGCAA